CUGUCGACCAGCGGCCCACCAGGGAAGUCCCUACAUGUUUAACUCCGGAGGAGCUGCCGAAAUGCUCUCCGGAGUGUGGGCCACGGCACUUCUCAGAUCACAGUGACGCAGCGGGCGGGGGCGUCCAGAAGGCAGUGAGCAGGGGGUGCAGGACAGGGGCCAGAGCAGAGCUCAAAGGGAAGGUUGAGGCCCCACGGGGACGCGGGCGGCGCCUCAGCCUCCCACAGCCCUCUCCGCAUCCCAGCCCCCAGCAGCCUUUGAUAAUGCCGUGGAGCCGAGAUACACGUGCACUCAAUGGGGAGGAACAAAGGGUAAAAAUAACAGCGAACAGACAUCUAUUAAACUAGUCCCACCCACCCACCCUCACUCCCACCUCCUCACGCUGCUUUUAUUUCUUCAUGGCCUCCUUCAUAAUUUCUUAGUGUUUCUUCAUAAUAGUUUUCAACGUGUAUCCCAUUGAUACGUGUCUGUGUACUGGCUUUGUCUCUGUGCCAGAAUGCGAGCCCCAUAAAGACAGAGGCGGAACCCUGCAGUUCACCCACCACUGUCCCCCCAGCCUCAGUACACACUGCUGCAGGAACCCACCUGCCGGCCUGUAGACACGGUGGGGCCGUCCCGUCCAUCUGGCCCCUCUCGUCCUGCGUCCCCUCCAGGGGGUACAGCACCUGCACUAGGCCAGGUGCUGCCCAAAGCCCUCUGACUGCGUGCUCGGUCGCUCAGUCGUGUCCAACUCUUUGCAACCCCACGGACUGCAGCCCGCCAGGCUCCUCUGUCCGUGGAAUUCUCCAGGCAAGAAUACUGGGUGGGUUGCCAUGGAUUCGUCCUUCCAACCACCCAAUGAUAGCCACCCUCACCCGCAGUUUACAGAUGGGGAAACUGAGGCACAUGAGGACUUAGGUGUGUCCAGUGUCAGGCACCUGGCAGGUCUGGGAGAGGAACCACUGCUGCUCGGGCUUGCCAACUGUGCAAGGAGACACUUCAGAGCUGAAAUUCCUCGGUUCUCCCCCCAGCCUGGCUGCCCCGGCCGAGCUCCUGCGCUCCCCAUGCCGGCCCUCCUGCUCCUCGGGACCCUCCUGCUCCUGGCCUCGACUACCGGCCAGGCUGGGGCGCGUCCGUCCAACGCCACGAGCGCCGAGCCCCCGGGUCCGCUGCCCGCCCUGCUGGCGCACCUGCGGCGCCUGACCGGGGCGCUGACGGGCGGCGGGGGCGCAGCGGGCCCGGGGACCAACGGCACAAGAGCCAGCACCCCGAGCUCGGCGGGCGCUGCUGCACGGGCGCCCCCUCCGGCUGAGCUGUGCCACGGCUACUACGACGUCAUGGGCCAGUACGACGCCACCUUCAACUGCAGCACCGGCUCCUACCGCUUCUGCUGCGGCACCUGCCACUACCGCUUCUGCUGCGAGCACCGCCACAUGCGCCUGGCGCAGGCCUCCUGCUCCAACUACGACACGCCGCGCUGGGCCACCACGCCGCCGCCGCUGGCCGGGGGCGCCGGGGGCGCUGGGGGUGCGGGCGGGGGACCUGGGCCCGGCCAGGCCGGGUGGCUGGAAGGGGGCCGGGCGGGGGGCGCUGGGGGGCGUGGGGGCGAGGGCCCAGGGGGCAGCACAGCCUACGUGGUGUGCGGGGUCAUCAGCUUCGCCCUGGCCGUGGGCGUCGGCGCCAAAGUGGCCUUCAGCAAGGCGUCCCGUGCGCCUAGGGCGCACCGGGAGAUCAACGUGCCCAGGGCUCUGGUGGACAUUCUGAGACAUCAGGCGGGGCCAGGGGCCCGCCCAGACCGGGCGCGAAGCAGCUCCCUAACCCCAGGGGUCGGAGGCCCCGACAGCAUGCCGCCGAGGACGCCCAAGAACCUCUACAACCCCGUGAAGCCCUCCAAUCUCGAUAACCUGCACCACAACUACCUGCACCUCAACGUCAACAGCCCCAAACACCACGCUGCCACGCUGGACUGGCCUGGACUGACCCCGGCCGUGCCCUCUGCCCCAGACUGGCGGGCCAUCCCGCCGCCCAGCCCGUCCUUGCGCUACUCCACGCUAUCCUGCUCGCGGUCCUUCCACAACCUCUCGCAUCUGCCCCCGUCCUACGAGGCCGCAGUGAAAUCGGAGCUCAACCGCUACUCCUCUCUCAAGAGGCUCGCCGAGAAGGACCUGGACGAAGCCUACCUGAAGCGCCGGCACCUGGCAGAGGUGCCCCGUGGGACGCUGCCCCUGCACGCGCUGCGGCGACCCGGCACGGGGGGUGGCUACCGCAUGGAUGCCUGGGGCGGCCCCGAGGAGCUGGGCCUGGCCCCUGCGCCCCACCCGCGGCGCGUCAUGUCCCAGGAGCACCUGCUGGGCGACGGGGGCCGGUCGCGCUAUGAGUUCACGCUGCCGCGCGCACGCCUCGUGUCCCAGGAGCACCUGCUCCUGUCGUCCCCCGAGGCCCUGCGCCAGAGCCGCGAGCACCUCCUGUCACCCCCGCGCAGCCCCGCGCUGCCCCCGGAGCCCGCCGCGCGUGCCAGCUUGGCCGCCUCGCACUCCAACCUGCUGCUGGGGCCCGGGGGCCCCCCCACGCCGCUGCACGGCCUGCCACCGCCGCCCGGCCUGCACGCGCACCACCACCACGCCCUGCACGGCUCGCCACAGCCUGCCUGGAUGUCAGACACCGGCGGGGGUGGGGGCACGCUGGCCCGCAGGCCACCCUUCCAGCACCAGGGCACGCUGGAGCAGCUGCAGUUCAUCCCCGGCCAUCACCUGCCCCAACACCUCCGCACGGCCAGCAAGAACGAGGUGACUGUCUGAGCGUCCGAGGCCGGGCCGGGGGCUGGGGCGCUGUGGCCUGGGGCCCCCAUCCCAGCCUGCACCCCCCGCCACACCUGGCUGGGGGGCCUGGAAUCCAGACCUGCGGGGGCCAGGAGGGCUACCUCCAAGGACACGGUUUUGGACGAAAUCCUCACGAGAGAAAAAGUUUCCUUCUGCAAUGUCACAGCAGAUAAGAUCCUCCUCCUACGUCACAAUCUGAGGCAGGGCCUCCUUCCCAUGACGUCAUCACAGAGGAAGAGGCCUGUAUGUGAGGUCAUCAGUAGCAAAAACGUCUGUGUUCAUCACAGGGACAAACCCUGCUUCCCAUGAGGUCAUCGCAGAGGAACAGGCCCACUACAGUCAUCGCUGGAGGCCGUGUCUGUGCUCCACGGUGUCAUCACGAAGACCUCCCUCCGGUGACGUUGUAAGAGGAACAAUGCCUUGUCCCAUGACAUCAUCCCAAGAGACCAGGAGCCCUCCUGUGAUGUCACUGCACAGAUAAGUCUCACCCUCUGAUGUCGUCUCUGGCACCAAAAGGUCUCUGUGGACAUCAUCGUCACCAGGAAAAUAUUUCCUUCCAAAGAAGAUGCCUCUGUCUAUGAAGCCGUGCCUGCAGACAAAGCCAUCUUCCCGGGACGAGCCACAGGGGAAAGCGCCUCGCCAGCCACGUCCUCACGAGACACAAGGCCUCCUUUCUAGGACAUCACCACGGGGGCUCACUUCCUUCCUGUGACACCGUCGCCAGAGGAGCUGGCUUGCCCUGUGAUGUCAUCCCUGGAGAGGGCAGCCCGCUCUGGGGCCCUCUCCGGGGUGAGGCCCUUCUGCACUGCAGCACCGGCUCUGCCUGCACAGAGACUGCAUCCCCAUGAGACACAUCCACUGCGAUUGCCCAGCACCCACAGGCGGGCCGCCCAGAGCCCGUGGCUAAGCUGGGGGCCACCAACGAAGGGCCCGGUCCCGAGAUGCUACCCCGGGCGUCAUCGCUGAGCGGCUGCCCUGUGGGGAAGCUGCAGCCAGAGGUGACAACCGACCCCUGGCGCGCCGGAGCUGUGACGUCACCACCGGAGACACUGCCUGCUCUGGAAGGCCAUUCCAUGUGACGGUGUCACCAGAGUUUCUGCCUUGCCCCACCAUGACUUAGCUUGGUUGCUCUCUCCCCUGACCCUGGGGACAAGCCGUGAGGGAUUUCCACCAGGCCCUCCCCUCAAGUGAGGCUGGGCCAUGGGUCCUCCCCCCAUGCAGGGAUGUCACCUCCUGGUGACUCCCGGAGUACAGCACGCACCCCCAGACUGGCUUCUGCUCCCAAGGAGGCCGCUCCACUGCUCCUGGAGUCCUGGGGACUCUCAGGCAGCCCCAUGCCUCUCUGCCACAGCUACAGACAUCAUCACCUCCGCAAACAAAGUCCUGGCCUCCUGCUGGGGUGGGGGUGGGGUGUGCCUGCAUUGAUGUCAUCGGCACCACAAGACUUCCACCACCCAUGGCGGCACUGCACCUGGGGUCCCGUGGUAACCAUGCCUGAUGAUGAUGUCAUUUCCCAGGGUUCCCUAUGAUCUACGGCAUAUUCAUCUCCCAGGAUUCACCACAGCUGAUGAUGUCAUCAUCCCCCAGAACCCACCAUGACCCGUGAUGUCAUCACCUUCCAGAACCCAGUAUGGCCGAUGGUGACAUCUUCUACCAGGAUCCACUAGGACUGAUGAUGCCCCAGUUCCCCACAGACCCCCACAGUUGUGCUGUCACCAUCUCCCAGGAUCCACUCCAACCGUGAUGUCUUCAUGCCCCAGGGUCCACCUUAGCCAUGGUGUCAUCACCUCCCAGGAUCCAAUUCAGCCAUGAUGUCACCAGCCCCCAGCAUCCAUGAGAGUCAAUGGUGUCCUGGAACCCAUGACAUCCACCAUCACCAUCUCCUGGGAUCCACUUCAACCUUGGUAUCGUCAUCCACUGGGAUCCACCAUAACUGUGACAUCAUCAUCUCCCAGGAUCCAGGACACCCAGUGAUGUCAUUUAUCAGGAACCACGUCAACCAUGCACCAUCACCUUCCAAGAUCCAUCCCCUUGGGAGCCAAGUACUCGGACAGCUAUAUUUCAAUUGUCUUGUGGGGUCACCUACAGUCGUUCCCUUUAGCGGAACCAGCACAAUACAUAUUCUUUUCCCAUUCCCUCAAAAAGAGUGUGGGGUGGGGCUCCCUCUGAUGACAUCAUCCUACUCCAGCCCUUCUUGGUGAUGUCACUGCCUUGCUCCUGACUCAGGCUGAUGCCUGCCUCAACCCGACCACAGACUUGGCCUUGGUCAGUCCCCCCUCACCCCUGGGUGAGGGCACCAGUCCCUCCAGAUAACUGCCCUUCACCCAACCAUCUGAUCGGUGACAGGGUCAACACAGAGACCUCUUACCAUCCCCAGAGGGAGGCCUUCCAGUCCUUGGGUGAUGUCACUGCCCCAGUCCCAUCCCUGGCACCGCAUGCCAUGGGCCUAGGCCAAACUCUCCCUGGAGACGCCCGGGGCCAGGCCAACAGCUGCUGACAUCCCCAGGACCUUCAGUGGUGUCUGCCGCUGCCUUGGUCCCUCGUCCCGGGAGGGCACGGCUGGAGCGCUGCGGGGCAGGCUGUGCUCUGCACCUCCCCAGGAUGGCAGAUGAGUGCCCUGCUCUCCCCUUGUCCCCUCACCCUCUGGGGAGCCCCCAACACCCAACGCACAAUUUGCCCCAAAUUCUCUUUGUACAUAGCCAUGUUUGGGGGGCGGCCAUUCCCCCACUCUUAAAGGGCUACACGCCCCCUCUCCCAGCCCCGAGGGCCAGGUCGGGGGGCCUCUUCUCCCUCCUCUGGGCCGCCCCCCUUCCUCUCCUCUCUCCCCACAAAUAACGGCACCUCAGCUCAUCCCUUCUCAUCGGGAGCCUGGGGCAGAUAAUUGGCCCUCAACUCCCACCAUGGUCCCCUGGAGGAGGAAACGGCAACCCCCUCCAGAGCUCUUGCCUGGGAAACCCCAUGGACAGAGGAGCCUGGAGGGCGAUACUCCAUGGGGUCUCAAAGAGUCGGACACGCCUGAGCAACUGAGCACACACAACACGGCUCCCACCACACAGGGCUCCCAGUCUACCAGGGCCCCAGUGGCAGUUUUUCAGCCCCCUGCUUGCAGCUGCUCCCUGCAAGGGCCUCAACACGCCCAGGGUCCCUACGGCAGACUGUGACUUCCCCCAAAAGGAGCCGGCUUGAGCUCCCCCAGAGCCCCGCCCCUCCACUCACCACCCCCAAGGAGCACUCAGCCUUCUCCAGCCCCCACAUCUGCAGGGUUUGGGGCCUCUCAUCUUCUCUUCACCCCCUCCCCUUCCACUUGCUCUUUCCUGGCCUGGAUUCCAGGCAUCUCGCCCCCCGCCGCCCACCACACAUCACUCACUCGACACAGGCUGCCUGACCCUGGGGCCUUGACCUCUUAUCUCAAAUAAGCCAUAGUGGGGAGAGGUCUCGAGGUGGGUGAGGAAGUGGGCCUGUCCUGCCAGACCCCCUUUAUGCUUCCAGAGCUGAGACCUUGCCAUCUGAGUCUCCCCCCUGCCCUGCCGCCUUGUACAUCAUACAGGCUUGUGCGCGCACGUGUGUGUACACACACACACACACACACACACGCACACCCAUUCCAGUGAGGGGACAGUGGAGGGCAGUAUGGAGAGAAGAUAAUCCAUUCUGGACCAAAAGACCUUCCGCAGCUCUGCCUGUUUCCUUACCCCUCCCCACCCUACUCCUCCACCCAACACCGGACUCUUGCCCCAGCUCCUUGGUGAGGACAGCCAGCCAAGCUCCAAUUGGUAUUUUCUCUUUUUUUAAAUAAACAGAUGUUUUCCUGA